CAAAUAGGUUAUUUCCUCAGUCAGUGAAAGGAAGAGGCCACUUCUGUGGAACACCUGGCUCUUUUGUCCCUCGGACCUCAUGAAUGGGCUGUUCCCAUUUUUGUUUAAUGGGGCCCAGCUUCCUGUGUGACAGUCUAAAAAAAAAAAGCUGUUUGAAAGAAGCUCAACAUGUCAGAAGAAUGGUGGAAAAAUACAGAAAUGAUGAGUCUUUACAAGCAUGUUUAGUCCUAUGGCUGCUGUUUUGUCAUAGCAACCCAUAUCAGAUUCAUUAUGCUGAAUAGUAUGUGACAAGAAACAUCAUUGAACUUAGAGUUCUUGUUAUCUGGUAAGUUAUGCACUUUUUUUUUAAACUGGGAAUUACAACAUAUUUAACUUGUAUUUGUCACGUGGUGUAUGAAAAACUUAACUGAGCACUAUAUUGAUGUGUUUUAAUGUAACUAUAAAGAUAGAUAGGUGUAUAUAUGUACAUGUGAAUACAUGUUUGUGUAUAUACAGUAUAUGCAUAAAUGUGUGCAUUUUUAGCAAGAUUUAUUUUUGAUUUAUUUUUGGGCUCAGUGUGUGCUUCAUAUCUUUGAGGGCUUGUAUGAUAUAUGUGUGUGAAGGAUGAGGUGUUUGAACAUUACACAAUCUUAAAACAUAUGGUAUUUGAUGAAAAUUAAGUACUUAUUUUUUAUUAUUUAGCCCUAUUGUUUUUUAAAAAAGAAAGUUUUUGUUGUUGGUGUUUGGCAUAAAAUAACAACACAAUUACCUUUUAAACAGGACAGUCCACGAAUGCAGCUGCUGCUACUGUAUCUGCUGGCUGCAGGCGUCACCUUUAUAGACUGCGACCAAGUCUUCAGGAUUACCCUGACUAACGACACAGAGGUACAAGCCCUCAAGAAAAUCCUGGAACUGAUUAAGAUGGACUUCUGGCAACCCAACAGUGCUUCUCUAAUCCAUCGCAAUGCCACAGUGGAUGUUCAUGUGAAGCGAAACGACACACAACGUCUGCAUGCUCGGCUAAAGCUGGAAAGGAUCAACUAUCGGAUGCUCAUCUCUGAUCUGCAGAAAGAAAUUGAAAAGCAGACAGGAUAUCGCUCCUCCCGUAAGCGGAGGUCAGAGUCUCAGUACGACUAUGAGGUUUACCACUCGCUGGAAGAGAUUCAGAACUGGAUGUUUGAAAUGAACAGAAGUCGCCCUGAACUGGUUACUAUGUUGUCUCUGGGGAAGUCAUAUGAGGGGAGACCGCUUUUUGUUCUUCAGCUAGGAAAAAGAAGCUGUUUGCAAAAGAAAUCUGUGUGGAUUGACUGCGGCGUUCACGCCAGAGAGUGGAUUGGACCUGCUUUCUGCCAGUGGUUUGUAAAAGAGGCACUGAGCUCAUACAAGUAUGAUUCUGUGAUGACACGACUACUCAACCAUCUUGAUUUCUUCAUCAUGCCCGUCUUCAAUGUGGAUGGGUAUCGCUUCAGCUGGAACACGGAUCGGUUCUGGAGGAAGACACGUUCCAAAAAUCACAAGUUCCACUGCAGGGGUGUGGAUGCCAACAGAAACUGGAAGGUGAAAUGGUGCGAUGAGGGCGCUUCCUCCCAUCCAUGUGAUGACACCUACUGUGGCCCUUUCCCUGAAUCUGAACCUGAAGUUAAAGCAGUUGCCAAGUUUCUACGGAAGCACAAGAGACACAUGAAGGCGUAUAUAUCCAUCCACGCCUAUGCGCAGAUGCUCCUUUAUCCGUACUCCUACAAAUAUGCCGCAAUUCCCAACUUUAACUGUGUGGAGUCAGCAGCUCAGAAUGCGGUGACGGCACUAUAUUCUGCAUAUGGAGUAAGGUACAGAUACGGACCUGCCGCCACAACACUGUAUGUUAGCUCUGGCAGCUCUAUUGACUGGGCCUACAAGAAUGGGAUUCCCUAUGCUUUUGCAUUUGAGCUAAGGGAUACGGGUCAUUUUGGUUUCCUCCUGCCAGAAUCACUGAUCAAACCCACCUGCGCUGAGACCUUGAAAGCUGUGAAAGCCAUUGCAUCAGGUCUGCUGAAGAAGUGUAACACAGACAGGAACAAAUUUUCAUAUAUAUGAACAAUAUUAUUGUUGAAUUUUCUACCACAAGUUAUUGGAGAUCUCAAAGACAUUAUACAAAUUAAUGUCAUUGAUUUGUUUCUAUUAUUUUUACAUUUAAGAAAUGAUUGUGGUGGCCUUAAGAGUGCCUGCAUAUAAAGUUAUUUUUCCUAGUAAAAUGGUAGGGAUGUGAGCACUUGACGAGCUAUGGUGGCACUUUAAGAAUAAAAUAAUAAGCAAUCUUUUGUAUUAAAAAAAUAAACAACUUGUUUGAUAACUCUU